GUAAAAUAACAAAUUGUGUUUAAGCCACUGGGUUUGUGAUUUGUUACGACAGCAAUAAAAGGCAUGUAAGAUAGAAGGAAACCAUUCAACACAUGUCUAAUAAGAAAAAUAGAGGAAGUUAAACAUUUAUAAAUGUCUGAGAAUUUUCCAGAAUUGAAGAGAUGAGUCUUCAGACCAAGGGAUCUCACCAAGAUCUGCAAGUUGAUCACGUAUGAGCUAUCUAUAACCAUUUACGUUGUAGUGAAAUACCUAAGACUAAGAUAAAGUCUUAAAAGCAGACAGAACCUCAAGCGUAGGCAAGAACAAGACAACAAGAACACUCUUUCCAGGAAGGUUACAAAUGUCAGUGGUGAACCAAUGCUAUUAGUAUUCAAAAUCAGACUCUAGGUGUGGCCCGAGCUGCUUUAAUCUGGGCAUUCCGGGGUCCCAGUACAUGUUCAGAGAAGAAUUUAGACAAAGAAGAUGGAAGGAAGCUGGUUCCACAGGAAAAGAUUUUCCUUCUGCCUACUUCUCGGUCUUCUGCUUCAAGGAAGGGGCGUUACUUUCACCAUCAAUUGCUCGGGGUUUGGCCAGCACGGGGCGGAUCCCACUGCUCUGAAUUCAGUGUUUAAUAGAAAGCCCUUCCGUCCGGUCACCAACAUCAGCGUCCCCACCCGAGUCAACAUCUCCUUCACGAUGUCUGCCAUCCUAGAUGUGAAUGAACAGCUGCACCUCUUGUCAUCGUUCCUGUGGCUGGAAAUGGUUUGGGAUAACCCAUUUAUCAGCUGGAACCCAGAGGAGUGUGAAGGCAUCACGAAGAUGAGUAUGGCAGCCAAGAACCUGUGGCUCCCAGACAUUUUCAUCAUUGAACUCACGAAUGUGAAUAAGACCCCAAAAGACCUCACAGCAUAUGUAAGUAAUGAAGGUCGCAUCAGGUAUAAGAAACCCAUGAAGGUGGACAGUAUCUGUAACCUGGACAUCUUCUACUUCCCCUUUGACCAGCAGAACUGCACACUCACCUUCAGCUCAUUCCUCUACACAGUGGAAGACAUGUUGCUGGGCAUGGAGAAAGAAGUGUGGGAAAUAACAGAUGCAUCCCAGAACAUCCUUCAGACCCAUGGAGAAUGGGAGCUCCUGGGCAUCAACAAGGCCACCGCAAAGUUGUCCAGGGGAGGCAACCUGUAUGAUCAGAUCGUGUUCUAUGUGGCCAUCAGGCGCAGGCCCAGCCUCUAUGUCAUAAACCUUCUCGUGCCCAGUGGCUUUCUGGUUGCCAUCGAUGCCCUCAGCUGCCACCUGCCAGUGAAAAGUGGGAAUCGUGUCCCAUUCAAGAUAACGCUGCUGCUGGGCUACAACGUCUUCCUGCUCACGAUGAGUGACUUGCUCCCCACCUGUGGCACCCCCCUCAUCGGUGUCUACUUCGCCCUGUGCCUGUCCCUGAUGGUGGUCAGCCUUCUGGAGACCAUCUUCAUCACCCACCUGCUGCACGUGGCCACCACCCAGCCCCCACCCAUGCCUUGGUGGCUCCACUCCCUGCUGCUGCACUGCACCAGCCCAGGGAGAUGCUGUCCCACUGCACCCCACAAGGGAAAUAAGGGCCUGGGUCUCACCCCCACCCACCUGCCUGGUGUGGAGGAGCCAGAGGUAUCAGCAGGGCAGAUGCCAGGACCUGGGGAGGCAGAGCUGACAGAGGGCUCAGAACGGACAAGGGCCCAGCGGGAACACGAGGCCCAGAAGCAGCACUCGGUGGAGUUGUGGGUGCAGUUCAGCCACACGAUGGAUGCCCUGCUCUUCCGCCUCUACCUGCUCUUCAUGGCCUCCUCCAUCAUCACCGUCAUAUGCCUCUGGAACACCUAGGCAGGUGCUCACCUGCAAACUUCAGUCUGGAGCUUCUCUUGCCUCCAGGGACCGGCCAGGUCUCCCCCGUUUCCUGAGUACCAACUAUCAUAUCCCCAAAGAUGACUGAGUCUCUGCUGUAUUCCAUGUAUCCCAAUCCAGUCCUGCUGAUCAAUUCCAAUCCCAGACAUUUCUCCCUGUUCCUGCAUUUUGCUGGCUUCCUUCAGUCCUAUCAUAUGGUUCUAGGUCCCCCUUACGUCAUCUGCAUAGCAGACUAUACCUCUUCUGUCCACUAACUUGCCCAAUAAAUCAUUCUGCAGAGA